AUGGCUGAUCAUGUUCUGUUCCUUGAUGUAGUUAAAAAGGGAUGGGAUGUGUCCUGUCCAAGGGGUGGAGCCAUGUUCAAGGUGUGGACUAAGCUGAAAGCAGUAAAACAAGGAUUGAAGGAGUUACAUCAUAAAGAUUUUGCUAAGCUUGAUGAGAGAAUUGAGGGGUUAAGGGCUGAUUUGGGUCAAAUUCAGAUCCAGUUAGCUUCUUGCCCUACUGAUAGUAAUGUGCAACAAAGUGAGAGGGAUUGUAGUGAGACUCUUAAGAAGUUUUUGCAUAUUCAGGAGAGUGCAUAUAGACAGAAAGUAAGAAUUCAGUGGUUGCAAGUAGGAGAUUCUAACUCUAAAUUCUUUUUUAGUGCAAUGAAGGAGAGGAUAGCUAGGAAUAGCAUUGAUAUUUUGUAUGAUGAUUCUGGGAAGAAGCUCAGCACUACUCAGGAAAUUCAGGAAGAAGUUAGCUCUUUUUAUAAGAAGUUGAUUGGUACUGCAGCUAGCUCAUUGAUGGGUGUGGAUGUUGGAGUGGUUAGGAAAGGGAAGCAGCUAUCUGCUGCUGAUGCAGAAAUGUUGGUGGUUCCUGUUUCAGAUGCAGAAAUUGAUGCAGCUAUCAAAGGCAUUGAUAUCAAUAAAGCCCCUGGGCUUGAUGGUUUCAAUAGUUUGUUCUUUCUUAAAGCUUGA